GAUUGUCAUCCAAACAUUUCAUUCCAUUCCGAUCGCUGUGUGAAGUGACGAAGCAAACCGUGCUUUUUGUGAAAAUGUUCCGUAACCAGUACGACAGUGAUGUGACCGUGUGGAGUCCGCAGGGUCGUUUGCAUCAAGUGGAGUACGCGAUGGAAGCGGUUAAGCUUGGAUCUGCCACCGUGGGAUUGAAAAAUAAGGAGUACGCAGUGUUGAUUGCUCUGAAACGGGCUUCUUCCGAACUAUCCUCGUACCAGAAAAAAAUCAUUUCUGUAGAUGAUCAUCUAGGGCUGUCGUUUGCCGGUAUCACGGCCGACGCUAGGAUCCUUAGUCGUUAUUUACGACAAGAGUGUCUUAACUAUAAGUAUGCCUACGACGCGUACUAUCCGGUGGGCCGAUUAAUCAGCACACUUGGAAAUAAGAUGCAAGUGUGCACACAACGUUAUGACCGACGCCCAUACGGUGUGGGAUUAUUGGUGAUUGGCUACGAUGAUCAAGGUCCACAUAUUUACCAAACUUGCCCCAGCGCCAACUUUUUCGAUUGCAAAGCAAUGUCGAUUGGGUCACGCUCGCAGAGUGCGCGAACAUAUCUGGAAAAGCAUCUCAAUACGUUCUCCGACUGCACGAAGGACGAGCUGAUUCGUCAUGGGGUGCAAGCUCUGCAAGAUACCUUGCCAAACGAAGUGGAAUUAAACAACAAGAACAUUUCAAUUGCGAUCGUGGGCAAGGACGAAAACUUCAACAUACUGACCGAGCAAGAUAACGACAAAUAUUUGAGCAACAUUGUUCGACGCGGUGGUGGUGCUGCUGAGCCAGCCACUGGCGACAGGCCCCCAAGAGAUGAUGGAGACGAUCAGCCCCCAAACGUACCAGCGGAUCCGAUCCCGGUCGUUGCGAUGGAGACGUAA